AUGUCUCAUCAAAAUUCUGAAUUUGUGUUGGGACUGAAGGAGAAACUUCCCCUUUUCCAUUCUCAGCAAAGGAAGGGUGCUGCUCCCGCAAGAAAGCAGAGUCCUAUUGUUAGGACUUCAAAGUGGGGGCUACUCAUAAUAUACUAUGUUUUUCUGGUUUAUAACGUCAUCUCAUUCAUUUAUGGAAACUAUAGCGCUUCAGUACUCUACGAGAGUACCUCAUCUCUUUCUGAAAUAACUCAGGUCUAUUUUAAUUUCCUCAAUUCGUCUAAUUUGGCAUCCAACUGGUCCAGGGAAUUCACCAAGGCCUCUCAUUUGGCAGGUACUAAUUUGGAAUUAGUGCAUUGGCAAGCAUCUAAAUAUGAAGAGUUUGGUCUCUCCCAUGUUGAAAUUGAAGAUUUUGAUAUUUACUUGAAUUAUCCUGUCGACAAUUCCCUCAAGUUGCUUAGUAAUUCCACUGUCAUUUACCAUCCAACCCUUAAGGAAGAUGAGCUUGAACAAGACCCGACCACUACUGGUCCUGGAUUGGUUCCUGCUUUCCAUGGCUAUUCUGCUUCGGGAAAUGUCACAGCUGAAUAUAUUUACGCAAAUUAUGGGACUCGUGAAGAUUUCCAAAAAUUAAAGGAUAAUGGCAUCGAAGUAUCUGGAAAAAUUGCCAUUGUUAGAUACGGAGGUCUUUUUAGGGGUUUGAAAGUCAAAUUUGCCCAAGAAGCUGGUGCCGUUGGAGUUUUGAUUUAUUCUGAACCUUCGGAUGAUGGAGAUAUUACCGUUGAUAAUGGAUAUGCGGCUUAUCCAGAUGGUCCAGCAAGGAACCCAUCGUCUAUUCAAAGAGGAUCUGUUCAAUUCUUAUCCCAGAUUCCUGGUGACCCAACUACCCCAGGUUGGCCAUCAAAAGGUGAUGAUGUUGAUAGGGUUGAUCCACAUGGAAGCAUUCCAAAAAUUCCUUCCUUGCCAAUCAGUUAUGCAGAAAUUCAGCCAAUAUUGAAGACUCUUAAUGGACACGGCACAAAGUUUGAAGGUUGGGAAGGUGGCUUGCCAGGGGUCACUUACAAUGUUGGCCCAGUUCCAGGUUAUGAGAUUAACAUUUAUAAUGAGCAGGAUUACAAGGUUCGUAAGAUACAUAACAUCUAUGGUGAAAUCGAAGGUUUCUUAAAAGAUCAAGUGAUUUUGCUCGGUAAUCACAGAGAUGCUUGGAUCAAAGGUGGUGCUGGGGAUCCAAAUUCUGGUUCUGCAGUCACUCUCGAAGUUAUCCGUGCCCUCAACGAACUUAAAACCAAAUAUGGCUGGAAACCUCUUAGAACCAUAAGAUUUGCUUCCUGGGAUGGUGAAGAAUAUGCUCUACUUGGCUCAACUGAAUUUGGUGAACUCUAUCAUAAACAGCUCCAAAAAGAUGUGGUGGCUUACUUGAACCUUGACGAUGCUGUUGCUGGAACUCAACUUAACCUUGAGGCUUCUCCAUUACUUAAUGGAGUUUUAGACAUGUGUGCCAAGCAGGUUCAAUACCCAGGCAACACCUCUAUGACUUUGUAUGACCAUUUUUACUCAUGGGCUCCGAAGAUUGGUAUGUUGGGUAGUGGAUCUGAUUUCACAGUUUUCAUGGAACACUUGGGAAUCACAUCCAUGAAUGUUGUAUUUGAACCGGGUCCAAAAGAUCCAAUAUAUCACUACCAUUCAAACUAUGACUCCUACUAUUGGAUGUCUACGUUUGGUGAUCCAGGUUUUGUUUAUCAUAACACGAUGGCCAAGUUCUUUGGGUCUGUGGUAUUGCAAUUAGCUGAUAACAAGGCUGUGCAAUUUGGAGCGGUAGAAAAUGCUAUUGAAUUUUCCUUACAUUUCAAUGAAACUGCUGCCAAGAUUCCAGCCGAAUGGUAUGACAAUGUAUUGACUAGUAUGCCUGAUGAAUCUUUUGAUAGUGAAGAAUUUGCGGAGUUGGCGGAAAUUUUAUCUGACAACUUUAAGUCUUGGAAGGAGUACCAAACUGACGGUGAAUCAUAUGGACCAUCGAGCAUGGAAAAAGCUAUCACUUUGGCUCAAGAAUCUAUUGCAAAGCUUAUUUCCGCAUCCAUUCGUUUCCAAGAACGUUUUGCCAAAGAAGUCGCAGAUUACAAAUAUUACGACGAACACUAUUCCCGUUUCAAUCCAUGGGCAAUCAUUAUGAAAUCACAAUUCGCAAGGCGUAUUGAAAGAUCUAACAAGAUCUUAAAGUACUUGGAGCGUUCAUUUUUGCAUUAUGGUGGUCUACACAAUAGAAAAUGGUUUAGACAUGCUGUCUAUGCUGUUGACAGAGAUAAUGGCUACAGUGCAGUCGCAUUACCAGGUUUGCUUGAAGGUAUUCAGGAUGAAAGUAUUGGGCAGGUUCACAAAUGGUUGUGGAUAUUGAAUGGUAUUGCCAAAAGGGCCAGGUUUAUUUUGGAGGAUGAUGAGAGGAUAGCCUGGUUUGUACGUUAA